GGUAGGCUUUGCUUUGGUCUCGUGGGGAAUGUGCGUGUAUGUUCGCACCGAUCAGCGCAGACUUCAGCUGCAAUCGAGCGUGCGAGGAGCUCUAGCCCAGGCAAUUUGUGCAAACUGUGGAGGUUGUCUGUGUCUCUGUAUUGGUUUUUUGGAAAAAACUUGACAGGUUUUUUCGCUGGAAGGUAGCGUAGGGUUUUGGUGAAUUUUUUAGUGUUGGAGGGAACGGGAGGAAGAGCCAGAAUCAGAGCCAGAGCCAUGGCGACAGUCGAUGUUGCGAGGGCAGAGAUCGCCUUCCUGGUUAUGUACCUCAACAAGGCGGAGACAAGAGAUAAAAUCUGUCGCGCGAUCCAGUACGGGUCCAAGUUUAUCAGCGCUGGUGAGCCUGGCGUUGCGUCGCAAGUCGAUAAGACUACCAGCUUGGCACGCAAGGUUUUCCGUUUGGCCAAGACGUUGAAUGAAUUGCAAGCGCUGCUAACUCCCGCUCCCAAGACAACGCCAUUGCCUAUCGUCCUACUCGGCAAGGCCAAAAAUGCACUGGUGGGAACGUUCUUGUUUCUCGAUCAAAUCGUGUGGGCUGGGAGAACUGGCAUUUAUAAGGACGCGGAACGUCUGAAUCUCAUCUCGAGGAUUUCCCUCUUUUGCUGGAUGGCGGGUACAGCAUGUACCGCUCUUGCCGAGAUCGCAGAAAUCACUCGUUUGGGGACAAUUUCAAAUAAGGUUCAGAGGGAUCUGAAGCUGGCUAGGGGUACUGGCAGUAUUGAAGAAGCGAAGCUGAGGGAACAGCGCAGAGAAAACUUGAAAAAGUCGAGGGAAAGAUCGCUGAACUUGAUCAAGUCAUUAAUGGAUAUCGUAGUUGCUGCUGGGUUGCUUCAACUUGCCCCUCGCACCAUCACACCGCGUGUCACUGGAGGCUUUGGAUUUAUCACUUCCGCGAUUUCAUGCUACCAGUUGUUACCACCUGCAUCAACCAAGGCUAAGGAGGUCUGAAUGUCGAGUUGAAGAAAAACUUGCUGCAUGCAAUUUGUCAGAGUGAGUUGGAUUCAUGUAAUUAUUGUUAACCUCUUUGUGUUCCGAGCUUUUAUGAUUGGUAGCUUAGCGAGGUGUUGGUAUGAUACCAAUCCCUGGUUUGCUUGUUCCUAAUUGAGUUAUGCUUGCACUCAAAUCUAGGGGAGCGGUAUUUUGGCUCACUCGCAAUGCUUUCAUGUACCCUUCCCGCAUUAUGAGUGCCACUUGGCUCCAUGGUGUGAUAUAUAAGUUUCUUCAACAUUUCUACUGUGA